AUGUGGUUUAAGGAAUAUCUUUUGGCGAUUGUAAAACAUGUAUUGACCAGGGGGAAAAAUGUUAAAGAAAGUUUUGAUCAAUAUUAUUGGACAUAUUCAUAUAAAAAAAUAGGUGAAUGUAAAAAUGGAUUAGUUUGUGGACCAAAAGAAAAAAAUUCAAAUUUAAUUGAUUACAUUUGUAAACCAGUUUCCAAUUUUGGUCAAACUUGUAGUAAAGAUUUUGAAUGUAAUAUUGGAUUAGUUUGUUUAAAUAGUAUUUGUAGUAAUUCUAGAUUCUCUGCAAUUGGAGAACCAUGUUCUAAUGCGUUCGAUUGUGAAGGUACAAAUUCAUAUUGUUCAAUAGAAGGAGUUUGUUCAGGACCUGUUAUUUGUAAAUCUGAUAUCGACUGUAAAUAUGGUUAUUACUGUCCAUCAUCAUCAUCAUCAUCAUCUAAAUACUGUACAAUACAACCAACACUUGGUCAACCAUGUUAUUUUAAUGGUUUAACUGAUUAUUGUCUGAAUUCAACUUGUCAAAAUUCAUAUUCAUCAUCAUCAUCAAGUUAUUAUUAUGGUUCAUGCCAAUAUCCAAUUUUAAAAACAUUUGGUAAACCUUGUUCAAAUAGUUAUGAAUGUGAUUAUACAAAUAAUUUAUAUGUAUAG